UUUCCAGUUGAGACUUCUAUGUAACUUCAAGGAAGUGAAAAUAAAAAGGUCUAGAGGUGACUGAUCUUUGUCUCUUCACUAGCUGCAUUACACAGAACAUGUUACAUUUAUAUCUUCAGGGUUACCUUUCUUUAAUUCUGUUGAAUGUCGCAUCAGGAUUUGGAGAUACUGAGCCCAUCUUAGCUGUUCAAGAAGAAGAUGUAGCUCUCACUUGUUUCAGUCAAAAUGACACGGAUCCAAACAGCUUCUACAGAUACAGCGUGACAAAGUUUGCUACAGAUCCUAAUCAAGUGAAGGAUAUGUUUAAAUGGCCCACACCGAGCAACGAUGUGUAUAAACGUGUAAAAUGGGUAGCUGAUGGAAAUGGACAAAAAUGCUUAACUCUGACAAAACCUCAAAAAUCCGACGCAGGACUGUACACUUGUGAAAUGUGGAAAGGAUGGGACCGUGUUGUGGCCAAAAACAUAUCUUUGAGAAUAAAAGACUGCAAAGUCCUUGAACCUGUGAAGGCCGCACCCAGCAUGCCUGCCAAGUUAAACUGCCCAGUAAACAUGACAACUGGACAACAAGAACCUCAAAACAUCUCCUGGGCAAUCCAGAAAGGAGACAUGCGUGAAUCACUCGACUCCAGCAAAGCCAAAACUGAUGGUACAUCUCUGACUUUCCAGUCUGUGAACACCAGCGACAGUGGCUGGUAUACAUGCAGUUACACGCUUGGUAAAACUCAGCGCUGCUUUGACACCAAUCUACAAGUACAAGCUUUUGUGACCACAACGGUUCCGGUUAUUCCAACAAAAUCUCCGAGUCUGCCAGCACCAAAAGCCAAUGAUAUAUCUCUGUCGCAAAGGAAGGAGGAGAGCAAUGAUGCUUUAAUUGCAGUUGUGGUCUGUGUCAUUUUGGGGAUGAUCAUAAUUGCUGCUGUGAUUGGACUCGUUGUGUACCGCAGAUGCAAAACCCAGAGAGUCACACAGUUACACCAGAGGCGCUUUAACGGUAAUUGUAUGUCUACAUAUGAGAUUGUUGCACCUUUGACGAAUACUCCAGGCCAGCGAAUCAACAGUCUGUAUCAAAUGCCAGACGAAAGCUUAGUUACCUGUAAGUUGUAUGAGGUUUUGCCUCCUUUAUGAAAUUGUUCAAAUCUUAUCAUGUCAACAAAAAACAACCCAACAACAACGAAAACCAAAGAAACCAAAACAUUUUUCUCUCCUUUGUUGCAGUCCAAUAAUAAAUAUUUUCAAGUAAGGAAGAAGAUUCUCCUUUGCAGUUAUCUCAUCCUUGCAGUGUGGGUUGGAUUUUCAAAAGUAGAUAAGUUUGCAUGCUUAUAAUGUGACCAAUCAUGUUUUUGUAACUUUAUUUGUUUAAAAUCUUGCAUGCAUGUCUGUAGCAAGGCAAAGGACGAGCUGAUUUACUGUGCAUUUCUGUUUCUUGAAAUAGAAAAAAGUCUGUUUUCAAACAGGUUUUGUAAACCACAUCUGUUGAUGAUUUUGAAGUUUGUGAUAAAGACAAAGAAUAGCAUGUGGUUUCACUCUAGUUCACAGCUUGUAAUAAAUCAUAAAAACUG